AUGACUUCUCUCAGGCUGUGGAAAGACGUCUCUCCCGAGAGAGCUCCCCUUAACCCUCCCCGUGCCAAUGCAGCUCACAUUCUCAUCAUUGGCAGCGGCGUCAUUGGGCUCACCACAGCCUGGGUUCUUCUUGACAACGGCUACAAAGUUACCAUUGUCUCCAAGGAAUGGGCUUCCUGGGGCGACAAGCAGCGCCUUACCUCACAGAUUGCCGGUGCCCUCUGGGAAUUCCCUCCCGCUGUCUGUGGUCAUCACACUGAUGCCAUCUCUCUCAUCAAUUCGAAGCGUUGGUGCAUGAUCAGCUACAACAUCUGGGAUGCUAUUGCCAAUUCUCCAUCGCUUUCUGCAGCUGUGGGUGUCCAGAUGAAACCCGCGACGUUCUUCACCAUCCACCCUGUAGCCGAAUCCCCCUCCCUUCUCCAGAAAGUAAACGAAAUGAGAACCAGCGGCGUUCGCGAUGUAAUCCAUGACGCAGAUCUCAUCCCCAAAUAUGGCAUCAACCCUGCCUAUGGAAUCGUCGACGCCUUCGAGUUUCUCGCCCCGGUCAUCGACACCGACACCGGCAUGGCCUGGUUCACAAAGCUCGUCGAGCAAAAGGGCGCCACCCUGAUAACACAAACCAUCACCGGAGAUCUUUUCUCCCAGGAGAACGAGAUCCGAAUGGACUACAACGCCGACGCCAUCGUCAACGCUACAGGCCUAGACGCGCUCACCCUCGUAGGCGACAAAACAUGCUACCCGAUUCGCGGCGGUCUCAUCCGAAUCAUCAACGACGGAACUGACUUCCCCAAGCUCACCACCGCGAUGUCGAUUCCCGCAGGGACCAGAACCAAUGGCAGCAACGAGCCCCCCGCUCCAUCCAACGAAAUCGUCUUCCUCGUGCCUCGCAGCGAUAACAUUCUUGUGUUGGGUGGAAUAACGGAGCCUCACGAGUGGGAUCUGGACCUCACGCUGGACUCGCCAAUAAUCAAGCGCAUGCGGGCCCGCUGUGAGUCGUUUUUGCCCGCGUUGAAGAAUGCGCGUGUUGACCCUGAUUAUCCUCUUGCGCAGGGUCUCAGGCCAUUCCGCGGCAAGAAUGUUCGUGUCGAGAGGGAGCUGCGCAUGCAGGGUGGGAAGCCGAGUCGCAUCAUCCAUAAUUACGGUCAUGGAGGAGCCGGAUGGAGCCUUUCCUUUGGCUGUGCGGCGGACGUCCUGAAGUUGGUCCAGGAUGCGCUGCUCGAUUUGAUCCCUGUAUCUAUGGAUGAUAUGUCAGUGUCAGAGAAGGCGAAGCUUUAG